AUGGACAAUUUUCUCGAAGAGGGCAUGGUAGACUACGAGCGUGACACCGUUGCCUCCAGCAUCUAUGACCAUCCUCCAGCCACGCCACCGGCACGUGACACCGCGCGCACCGCGCCGAAUCCAUUCAUGGAGCGCGAUGAGGUACCUACACCUAGUGCACAGCGUGCAUUCGUCGACCCUGCGUCGGGUGUGUUGCACAACACCCUCGGUCAAAAUCGAGCACAAUAUCUUCAGUCGGUCGAUGACCUCAGGCGCCAAGCACAAAUUGUAGCCACAGCCAAUGCUCACAGUAGCUACCGCUUUACACGAUCGACUGUGGAUGAUCGUAUUCUUCAGACUGCUGGUCAGUCAUUCGCAACAUGGAUCACGGGACCCAAGGCCGUCACAGCCUCAGCGAUAGCGGAGAGGGAGGCUCUCAGAGCGAGAAAGUUCAGGGUUAACGUACGACCGAUCAAGCGUACGUUGACAGGCUGGAUCUGCAAGCACGAGGUGCGUCAUUAUCCGCCAUGCGGACAGCACCCUUCAUUCAAUGUUCCUGGUGAGACAGAGGGGGAAAUGAUGUCGUCUUCGCGCGUUGAGCUCACCGAGAUCGCCGUCUGCCAAGCCUGUUAA